CCGAAAAACGUCUCGAUCAUCUAUCUAGAGCUUCAAGACCUCCCAUUUCGAGAGAGAGAUACAGCGAGCCUCGGGCCCCCGUAUACGAUCAUAAUCUCCCACCCCCGGACCUGGUCAAUUGGGCCGAAGACGUCGACAACAUGGCGACACCGCGGCUCGCGCGCUCCCCCACCUGUAUGAGCUGUCUCCGGCGGUUAGCAUCGCAACAGCCACACCUCCCCUCGCCGCUAUCAUGGACACAGACCCGUGCGAAGGCGACAAAGGCCGAGCUUGAGGACUUGCAGGGUAUUCCGGUGCGCCUGCUGCAAGACAUCCCGGGUUUCGGACGGAAACAUUCCAUAAUCCGCGUAAAAGCCGGCCGUAUGCGCAACAUCUGGUUCCCCAAGGGCGCCGCCGAGUACAUGACGAAGCAGCGGUUCACCGAGCUCGGGCUCAGCGAGGGCGCCAUCGGCGUGCGCGACCGCACCUUCGGCAAAGAGCUGGUGGUAGAAGCAGAGACAGACAAGAAGAAGCAGACCUCCUCCUCCUCGACGAGUAAGAGCAAGCGCAAGGAAAUUCUAGCGCUAUCGCCCGAGGAAGCACAGACCCUCCUCAGCACGCUCCUCCCCGAAGUCCUCGUCUUCCCCCGUAUCCCCGUAUCCACGACCCCGGCAGAACCAGCCAUACCCCGGUCUCCGUCUCUAGCAGCCAAUGCCGCGAUUUCCACGUCCGACGCCGCAGCAGCGGAAGUGACCCCCAUCUUCGGCUCCGUGUCGCGGGGUGACAUCCUGGCCGUAAUCAAGGAGAACCUAGUCGCGGACCCUAACGGCGGCCGUGUCGCUCUGGAAGACGAAUCUCUCGAAAUCAUCGGCUUGGAUCCAGAGUACGACGGCGACAACCGCAUUAAGCGCCUCGGCACCUUCCAGGUCCGCAUCUCGCCUGGCGUUGGCGCCGAAGGGCGCGUCAUUGAGUCUGUGAGCCGUACCGUGCAGGUCGUGCCCGAGUCUUCGUAAUCCUAUCCCAGCAUCGACUAAGGGCAAGAGAGUUCAGAGUCUAAUCUACGAGUGAUGCACUCUUUGACGGCACGAUUAUCGCUCAGGAGGGUCUUGGACUCUAUGAUCCCCGAUUGAGUUGCCGUGAGAUCAUCCUACGUGUGCUGCGACGGCAUGAUCGAAGGUGAAGUGAAAUCUAUCCCACGAAAACUAGAUGGGAUGUGAUGUCACAGUCCGAGAUAUUGCAGCUUGGAUAUGAGGAACUCAGAUACUCACUCCGUGAACUCGUGAUGCAAUGGGUUCUCGAAAUAAACACAUAAACUGUCACAUACCUAUCUAUUGUACCAUAUAUACAUGCCAUGAUGUAAAUACGAUUAGUUAAAACUCCUGACUCAUAGAUGUACAACAUGUAUAUUUGCCAACAACUUCAUUCCUUG